CUUCUUCUCUCCCUUUUCUUCUCCUUCGCAAAGCUCAAGAACAAAAAUCUAUUGAGUGGGUUUUCGCAUAAACCUCAGCGCAAAUUUCAAGAAGAAGAAAACAGAGCAAAGCUUUCUUCUUUUGACCUUUCUUUGCCCCCAAGAUUAAAGACACUGUCAUGGAGUCUCCUCAAUCUGUGGCGUCAGACUUCAAUGGUAUCCAUUUAAAUGGCAGUGGUGAAACCAUAACAAAGAAACCUGUCAUGUCGUCUGAUUCAGACAGUUUCGUCGGUGUGCUUGAGGUUUUUGUUCACCAAGCUAGGGACAUCCACAACAUCUGCAUCUAUCAUAAGCAAGAUGUGUAUGCUAAGCUUUGUCUCACAAGUGAUCCCGAGAGCUCCUUGUCCACAAAGAUCAUCAACGGUGGAGGUAGAAACCCUGUCUUUGACGAUACUCUUCAGUUCGAUGUGAAGAAUCUGGAUUGUUCUCUUAAGUGUGAGAUAUAUAUGAUGAGCCGCGUGAAGAAUUAUCUUGAGGAUCAGUUACUUGGAUUCACUCUUGUGCCUUUGUCUGAAGUGAUUGUGAGGAAUGGGAAGUUGGAGAAAGAGUUCUCGCUUUCAUCAACCGAUUUGUUUCACUCUCCCGCUGGUUUUGUUGAGUUGUCCCUCUCGUACGCAGGAGAUUCCCCCGAGGUGAUGCACAUUCCUCCGGUUCCAACAGUUGAUGAGACCGAGUUGGCUCCUAUCGAGUUUGAUGAGAUUGAGUUUUUGGAUCCAAAGAUUGUCUGUGAAAACAAUCAAAUGGUGUCUAACUACUUAGCCUCUCCUUGUUCUGAUUCUGAUGAAUUUGGAAGCUCUGAAACCGGCUUUGUGGAAGUAAACAGCGUCCAGUCUGCAGUUGUUGACACUGUUGAAGAAGCAGCUCCAACUAGUACUGUCUUAACAAACGGAAUCUCUUCUCCAUCAGUUGCAGUUAGCUCGGGUUCCUCGAGCACUCAUGAUGAUUCAAAGCUAUCAAGCGAAGAAAACAACUCAGGUUCAGACCGGGAAGUGAAGAAGCCAACGGACGCUCAUGAUGAUUCAAAGCUAUCAAGCGAAGAAAACAACUCAGGUUCAGACCGAGAAGCGAAGAAGGCAGCAGAUACCAUCAAGAAUGACGAUUUAGACAAGACGGAUGAUGAAGUGGUUGUGAAACCGGUUCUGUCAAUGAACUUUGAACCAGAGCAAAAGGUAGUGCAGCAAGAUAUUGUUGACAUGUACACGAAAAGCUUGCAGCAAUUCACUGAAUCACUGGCUAAGAUGAAACUCCCUUUGGACAUCGAUAGCCCGACCCAGUCAGAGAACUCAAGCUCCUCCCAACAGACACCAAAGAGCGCGAGCUCCCGUGUUUUCUAUGGGAGUAGAGCAUUCUUCUGAAGCUCUGGAACCAUCACAAGUUUGGCAUCAGACGUAGCAAGUAGUGAAACAUAAUAAGUUAAAAGUAGACUAUCUAAAAUGUGUAACUAUCUUUCUUUGAUGUCUCUAGCUUUACUUGUUAUCUGCAACUUUUCCAAUUUAGUACUUAAAUUU